AUUGCUUCCAAAACCCAACAAAACAGCCAACAGAGAAACCAAAAAGGAAGAGAGUCGGAGAGAGAUGGUUUUAAACAGCAGUCUGGUUGUGACCGUUGCCAAUGUAUCAGCUGAUCUAUGCCAAUACAUAGCAUGCAAUCCAGAGCGGCUAAGCAGCGACCAAGUCUUGAAUUUGCUCUUCUGCUUUCCUCUCCACCAUUUGGGUCGUCUCGCUCUCUAUCUCUGGAACUAUCUCUGCUACAAUCCCAACCCUGCCAAUCUGUCCGAUUUCGAUUUCAACGACGACGACGAUGAUUCCCACUCCGAUUGAGUUCUUGCAUCAAUUUUUUCAGAUACCUAUUUAUUUUCUUGUAUUUGUAAAUCUUAUUAUUAUCAAUGGGAAUUAUCUGAGAAGGGAAAUUAAACGAUGUUUAUUGAUCAUGUAAAGAGAUGGGAUUGUAUUGGAUUUGGAUUUCAGAUACUGCAUUCUUGAGAAGCUGGAAUCUUUUUGUUUGUUUGUUUGUGUGUCGAUCAAACUUGUUUUAAGUGUUUGCCUUUGGGGUCGUAUUGUCCUACUGCUGUUCGUGAUAUUGACAACCAUUUUCGGACUAAAAAAAAUGGAAACUUAUUAAUUGAACAAUUAUUAAAUAUCACCACUAUGAAUAUAUUAAUUGAAAAAUCUGCUCCAUUUUCAAACGUUCAGAAGUUAGAAAAUUUGCUGAAAAAGGAUAACUUGGCGUAAAAAUUGGAAAAAAAGGGUGGAAUUGGAAAAAAAAUGAGGACUAUGGUGUGGUGGUGUCGUUCUCAUUCCCUAUUUUUACCUGCGUAAAUGUCAGCAAAACCCACCUUUCUCUUCCCUUAUUACCAUUUUGCCACCCCUUUUUCUCUCGCAGACUCCCAGUCAUCGUCGCUCUCCUUCCAUGGCCUCUGUAACUCCGCCAUCCACUCAGGCUGUGUCACCUGGGGAUGUUAAUAGUGACGCCAAUGUGUUUCAGUUGAUACAAACUCACCAGGAAAAGGCUGCUCGACUUCCUCCGGUUGAGGAAAUUAGAACUGUGCUUUAUUACAGUGAGCGUGGCGUGCUUUCAACUUUUUCUCAGAAGCUUGUGGGUUAUCCAUCGGCGUCAAUGGUUGAUUUCGCAUGUGAUGUCGAUGGAACUUUGAUAUUAGCAGUGAGCAGCUUGGCAAAUCAUGCAAAGGACCUCUUAGCUAAUCCCAGAUGCUCAUUGCUUGUUGCUAGAGAUCUGGAGGAUAGGACUGAUUUGGUAAUCGCCCUGCAGGGUGAUGCUGUUUCUGUUUCUGAGAAGGAUAGAAGUACCAUUCGAACUGCAUAUCUGGCAAAGCAUCCCAAUGCAUCAUGGGUUGACUUUGGUGACUUCCAAUUCAUUCGCAUUGAACCAAAAGUUGUGCGAUAUGUGUCAGGAGUUGCAACUGCUUUACAUGGAUCAGGAGAAUUUAGCAAAGAAGAAUAUCAGGCUGCUAAAAUUGAUCCAAUAGCUCAGUUUUCUAAACCCAUUGCAUCUCAUAUGAAUAGAGAUCAUGCUGAAGAUACAAGGCUCAUUGUCCAACAUUCAACAUCAAUUGCGGUGGACUCUGCCUACAUGCUAGACACUGAUAGUCUUGGAUUCAACGUUAAGGCUGCUUAUCAAGGAAAUACUUACAAGCUUCGGAUUCCUUUUCCUAGACGUGCAGAAGAGAGAAAGGAUGUGAAGACUCUAGUUGUGGAAAUGCUUCAAGCUGCUAAGUCUCAACUCUCAAGUUAAUUGGUGCCAUGCUGAAAAAGGAGCAAAGAGGAUUCUGCAGCACAUCACAAUCGCAGCCUAGAUGAUAAGUGAUAUGAAUUACUAUAGAAUUCUGGAAGGCAAACAAAACACAUGAUUUGCUGAAAACUAAACAGUCACCUGGGUCUUGGCUGCUUGCUCCUCAUAUGUACUAUGGACAUUGUACUUAGCUACUCAGGCCCCAUGAAAAUGUGUGAUUGCAAACUGAUGUAAACAUUUGUAUAACCAGAAGACUAAUAUGCAUGUUUCUUCUGCUUCAGUUUUUUCCAAAGUUAAAAUGUAACUGGAUUUGGGAUAAGUGGAGCUAAUAAGUGAGAUACCUGGAUUUGUGCUUGGCAA